UUUUCGUUUCAUAAACAAAAACUCUUUAAUCGGCCAGUCUAGAUUAGGAAAUGAAUGAAGGAAACCUACAUCUGAUGCUGCAACAAAACUGUCACACAUAAAGAACAAAGUUCUUUGACCUUGUCACACAUAAAGAACAAAGUUCUUUGACCUGGUCACACAUAAAGAACAAAGUUCUUUGACCUGGUCACACAUAAAGAACAAAGUUCUUUGACCUGGUCACACAUAAAGAACAAAGUUCUUUGACCUGAAAUGCAACACUAGGAUUAGUACAGUCUCAAACAUGACGUCUAUCUUGGCUGGUUUAAAAUUGAGAUUUGGUCUACGAGAAUUAUUUUACGCUAGUCUAUGCAUUGUGUUGGGUUAUCUCCUCAGAGUUCGGGAUUCUUACUCUCUGAAUCCUGUCUGGAGGAAACGAAGUGAAGUCUCGAAAUUUGCAAAUGGAAAAUUUAUGACAGACGCGGACCGUUGCCCUCCGCCCAUUGUGACUGAUUUGGAGGGUGAUGGUGUGAAUGAAAUUGUUCUGAUUUCUAAUGACCUUCUGCAUUUGAAUAUAUUGGCUAUGCCAUCGCUAAGUGAUGAUAAUGACAGAACAUUGGCCCAUGUGGCUGUUAAAAAUAAAGUUGAGUUGACACUGAGAGAGAGAAUGAAAGGUUAUAUGUCAAGGCCUUACUCCAUGGGUGUUGGUUAUGUAGCAGCCUCGUCAUUUCCAGACCAAACUGAAAAACAAAUAAUUGUUGUGGUCUCAGAUGAUUGGCAAGUCCUGUGUUUCAGCCAUGAUCUCAAGUUGAUGUGGCACCAGCUUCUUCCUUUGCCCGUCACUGACUUGAAUGCAGUGGAGGUCAAAUCUUUGGCAGUGCAGGUUUCACCCUUUACAAUAGAGAAAAACCACAAAGAUCUGGUGGUGGUGGCAGGGAGUUUUCGGCACAAGACUCACAAAGCAGACCUUGUGACAGAAGUGAAGAUGGGAGAAGAAAACUUGACCCAGAAUAAUACGAUGGAAUAUUCCGCUGAAACUGAGAAUGAGACGCUGACGCAUUUUUCCACAUUUGCUUUAAGUGCCGAAGAUGGUCUUCUGUUAUGGAAACACACUGCUGGUGACUUUGAAGAGGCAAGGGCAGAUAAAAAGUCUAACAGUCUCAGUGACCUACAUUGGAAAUUAAGUUUACACCACAAGAAAGCUCACAAAGGGGAAGCACCAUGGUCAGACUAUGGAGAUCAACUUGAUCAAUUUCUACCCCAUCUGUGGGCAGACAAUUCUGACACAGAGAUUCUUAUGGCCAGAGUGAACAAGCAGUUUGGAAAAACUGUAACCAAAGAGGCAUCGGACCCACAGAAUGACAAAAUGCCCACUUCUUCACCGACAUCAUCUUUCCUGCCAGAUAACUUGAUGGGUCUGGCUUACGGCAACAAAAAGAAACCACGUAAGAACCACGAGCAAGUGAAAAAUCCUAACAGCAUUGUCAUCAGAUCUCCAGAGGGCUUGCAGGUACUAUCCCUUGUAACUGGGCAGCCAAGAACUACUCUUCACUUCCCAGCUGAUCGCUCCCUGUAUCUGGAUAUGGAUAAAGAUGGGCAUGUGGAAAAGAUGGUCUGGGACUUGGGUCAGUAUUACUCUCCUUGCUACCUUGACCUUUGGCGAUUAACUCCUGUUCAGGAAAAAAUUGACCAGAUCUCACUGUGUACUAGUAAAAGGCUUUUCUGGACUAGAUCUUGGAGUCUUGAAGAGGAUAUCUACAAGAAGAUCCCUCCUAAAAUUAUCAAAAGCCUCGCAAGAAAAUCUGGAGUUUUACGGCACUUCCUAGGUCAUAAUUUAUUUGAAGAUAAUUCCUAUGACAUUAUUAUUUUCGGAGGUCAAGGCCGAGUCAGCUCCAUUGGUCUGGAUGGAACGAUCCAUUGGCAAACCAUGACUGAAUCAAAAUGGGGAGAUAUCUCUCUGAAUAUUAGAAGAUCAGGACGCCCAACUCCUGACAACCUCAAAGAAGAAUUCAUGUUGUCAUUCCAGCCUGGCCGCAUCAUCAUGCCUCUCCAUGACGGCGGAGCUAAGGUGGCAGUGGCAGUGUCUGGGUGGAACACAUUAACAGUCGUUGACCUGGUGGAGGGAACUCUGUUAGCUCACCAUUCCAUACCUGCCCCACCCACAGCUCCACUUGUCUAUGGUGAUUUUGACAAUGAUGGCCUGGUAGACAUCAUACUUACUUGUAAAAAAGGGUAUAUUGGAUUUGCCUUGAAGUUACAACACAACUAUGAGCUGACGGUGCUCUACACUAUUUCUGUUUUUCUCAUCAUCAUUCUCUUCUCAUGGUUGAUAUCCACCUCGUCACAAGGUGAUAAUGACAGUGACAAAGACAGUGACAAAGAUGACGGUGAGGAAGAUGAUGUGAUUGGAGGUGAUGACCGUCUGGCUGAUAUGCAGUGAACUUUCCUUACUGUGUGUUAGGUUUUGGUUUUAUUAGGGUGAAAUGUCAACUGGCCGAUUGCAUUAAUUCUCAGGGGAUGUGUCAGUGCUGAUUUGAUUGUUUUAAAAGUGUUAUAGGGGAGCGUUAAUUGGAUUUGGUUUGAGUUAUAAUGGAAAGAUGAUUUGAUUUUUUUAAGAGUGUUAUGAUGGAAAUUUGCUUAUCUUUAUUUUGAGAGCGUUAUAAUGGAUGGUUGAUUUGAUUGGUUGCUUUGAAAGAGUUAUAAUGUAAGUUUGAUUUUAUUGAGUCUUUUUGUCAGGACCGAAGGAGGCCGUAGAUGUUUUGUUGUGUGAUGUUUUAAAAUCUUGACCUGAGUUGCAAUUUACAAGAUUGCAAUACAUUUAAUUAUUAUGGCUAGCUGAUUCAAUGUAAUUAAAUGAUAUCUAAACACAGACCUGAGGAAAUGAUUUGUUUUCUCUAGAAUUUCUUGAAGAAAUUGUCAUUUAUUACUGUCAAUGAUAGAACUGGAAAUACUAAUUUAUUGCUGUAAUCAUUUAAAUUAAGGUUUAGAUAUACUGUAAUUUCGCAUACAUUCCCUGCAUACCCAACUUUUAAAUACAAUGCGUGCGCAAAGAGUGACUUACUGUAAACUACAUCUGUGCUUCCUUUUUUUUUUGAGGUUUAGAAUGAGAUGUUUAUAAAGCUUUCCAAUGUACAUUUCACAACCACACAGCGAACUAUAGGAGGUAUAACGACCCACCUGUAAAUCCAUAUUUUCCUUUAUGCUAUGUUUAUGAGUAAAAUAAAUUUUGUAAAUCUCGCAGUUAUUUGUUUAUAAAAACUUGUACAACCUAGGGCUUAUAUGUGCGAAAAUAAAGUACAUACAUUGUUUGAAUCAAAAGUAUGACAUUUGUAUUUAUUGACAUUUAUGAUUGAUCUUUUUGUUACUUUGUUUGCUUUAUGACUCUAAGUCUUUUUGUAAAUUUGGAUUGUUACAUUAGCAUAUUUAUAGUAACAUUUAUAUUAAAUGUUAAUGUAACUAUACAAUAAAUUGCUUUCAGUCACUUGUC